UUCCGCGUGCGCGCUCCCCACAGAGGCUGGUUCCUGGCAGGAGGGUCGGAAGAGUUCUAACUGCCCGCAAAGCCCACGUGCUGGAGUGCGCGUUCGGGGUCCUCUUGUUAACCUAUUCGGUGAGCACUGCGUGCCGCGUCCUUGCACGGUGAAGCGUAACGGGCACAACUGGGGCGCGCCCAGCGGCUGUGAGGUGGCAGAGGAUCCUGAGAGACUCCCAAAGAUGUCAACUCAAGGCCAUACCUGGAUCCAACAGGUGAAGAAGGAAGGUGAGGAAGAGGACCCACUGGACCAGCUGAUUUCCCGUUCUGGCUGUGCUGCUUCUCACUAUGCAGUGCAGGAGUGCAUGGCCCAGCACCAGGACUGGCGACAGUGCCAGCCACAGGUGCAGGCCUUCAGGAACUGCAUGAGUGAACAGCAGGCAAGGCGGCGCGAAGAGCUGCAAAGGAGGAAAGACCAAGGCAGUUCCCACAGCUGAGACCCCCAAACCAUCUAUCCCCAGAGGAUGACCUGCAGAAACUAGCACCCAGAGAGGUCAUGGAUGGGAGGAACAAAUCCUAAACAGUGGAAGUGUGGGCCAAGAGGUAUAAAACUUGGGGAUAGUGUUUUGGACUGAAGUUGAGAGCCAGGCAGCCAUGGGUUUAGACAUGACUGCCAUAAAGAACUGUUGUAUUUUCAUGGUGGGAUCUCAUACAUCCUCACCCAUCUUGUUCAAUGAAUAUUAAUUAUUGACCAGUAUUUGCUCUGUAAGCAAAGAGUGGGGUUAAGGGAUGCUUUUCUAUCCUACACCUGGGUCAGUCUGCCAAGUACUGAGCUGAUUAUAGGGACAUUGAAUCUUACAAGUAAAUUCACAAUCUAAAGGUAAAUUGGUUACCUAAUCAGGUCUUCAUUUAUUUAGUCAUUGAUUCAACAACAAGUUUUUCUGAGAUCUCAUGUACCAGGCAUUGUUGAAAACUGAUGUGAUGAAUAAUAUCUCUGCCUUCAUGUUGCUUAGUCUAGUUUGAGAAAUAACACUGGAACAACUAAUUCCUGACAGUGAUAUAAAUGAUUUUAUCUUUCAGAA